AUGACCUCUUAUCUUCGUAGCUGGUUUCCUUCAUUCCCCACAGAGAUCAAAGAAGAGCAACCGAAGAUCGAAAUCACAGAGCAAGCAGACGACGAUUCAGGUUCUGAAACAGAAAGAGAGGAUGCAGCUCCUGCUUUUCCUAGCUUGAAUAGUGCGCAAAGAGUGAAGAGCACGCCGACUACCGCUUCUCAGAGGACAGAUGCUGAACUCAUGCCCCCUCCGCCUCUACCAUCAGCUAGAACACCUUCCUUUCGCAUGAUGCAUCCGUCUUCUAGUCUUUCUGUUCAGGCAACAACGAAACCACCCGUCAAACCCAAGGGUCGUAAUAAGGUCGCGCUAGCGCCGGGUCAUAGUCCUUUAGAUUGGGCCGCUCUUAAAUCGAGCGGGGUUGAUUUGCGUGGUGUACCCACUCUUCUUAGAGUCACACCAUCCGUUCUCAAGCAACACAGACAUCGAGAUGAUGCAUGGACAGCUAUCAAUGGCAAGGUGUACAACCUCACUCCGUAUCUUCCGUUCCAUCCGGGCGGAGAGAAAGAACUGAUGCGCGUAGCUGGGAGGGACGGGACUAAGUUAUUUUUACUGACUCAUUCAUGGGUCAACGUCGAUUUCAUGCUAGAUGGGUCCAUGGUGGGGUUCCUCGUACCUGAACCAUCCUCAUAG